CCGGAUAGCGUUUGUGUAGAGGAAGUUUUGUUUUGCGAGUUUUUUUCCGUCCGUUUCGACUCGCCGAGCUCCUAGUUAAUGCGCUUUGAAGCAAAUAAAGUUAUGUUAGUCUGAACUGCGUAUUUCUUCGGACAAACACAUUGUUCUUUUAAAGUGAGGUUAAAAGAACCGAACUGUUUUAAGCGGUGGCGCUGAAGACUUUGAGAGUAACCCGAGAGCUGCUCGCUGCUAAGCUAACAUUAGCCUCCGGUCUGCGGUGUAUUGAAGAGCUCUCUGAGCUAACGAAGCAAUGGGGAACCGGGGCAUGGAAGACCUGAUUCCCCUCAUCAACAAGCUACAAGAUGCAUUCAGUUCAAUCGGUCAGAGUGUCAACUUAGACCUUCCUCAGAUAGCCGUGGUUGGCGGACAGAGCGCAGGAAAGAGCUCUGUUCUGGAAAAUUUUGUCGGCAGGGACUUUCUUCCUCGCGGAUCAGGCAUUGUUACCCGCAGACCUCUCAUUUUGCAGCUGGUAAAUAAUAAAGCAGAAUAUGCUGAAUUCCUGCACUGCAAAGGGAAGAAGUUUGUGGAUUUUGAUGAGGUUCGGGCAGAAAUCGAGGCAGAAACGGACAGGAUUACAGGAUCCAAUAAAGGCAUUUCUCCUAUCCCCAUUAACCUGAGAGUCUACUCUCCACACGUUUUGAACCUGACGCUGAUUGACCUCCCGGGUAUGACUAAGGUUGCUGUAGGAGAUCAGCCCCCAGACAUUGAGCAUCAAAUCAGAGACAUGCUGAUGCAGUUCAUCACCAAGGAGAGCUGUCUGAUCCUGGCAGUCACCCCUGCAAACAUGGACCUGGCUAACUCAGAUGCUUUGAAGAUUGCCAAAGAGGUGGACCCACAAGGUCUUCGCACCAUUGGAGUUAUAACAAAACUGGACCUCAUGGAUGAAGGCACAGACGCAAAGGAUAUUCUGGAAAAUAAACUGCUUCCAUUAAGGAGAGGCUACAUUGGUGUGGUGAACCGGAGUCAAAAAGACAUUGAUGGGAAAAAAGAUAUCCGUGCCGCUUUGGCCGCAGAGAGAAAGUUCUUCUUGUCCCACCCUGCUUACCGACACAUGGCAGACCGUAUGGGCACCCCGCAUCUACAAAAGACCCUCAACCAGCAACUGACCAAUCACAUCAGGGACACUCUGCCGGGCCUGCGCAAUAAGCUGCAGAGUCAACUCCUCUCAUUGGAGAAGGAGGUGGAAGAGUACAAGAAUUUCCGUCCCGACGAUCCGACUCGUAAGACGAAGGCGUUGUUGCAGAUGGUUCAACAGUUUGGUGUGGACUUUGAAAAGUGCAUUGAGGGAUCUGGGGACCAGGUGGACACCAAUGAGCUGUCAGGUGGUGCCAGGAUCAACCGUCUCUUCCACGAACGCUUCCCCUUCGAGCUAGUCAAGAUUGUGUUUGAUGAGAAAGAACUGAGGAGGGAAAUCAGUCACGCGAUCAAAAAUGUCCAUGGUGUCAGAACGGGGCUGUUCACUCCAGACCUGGCGUUUGAGGCCAUCGUGAAAAAGCAGAUUGUUAAGCUGAAAACGCCCUGUCUCAAAUGUAUCGAUAUGGUCAUUCAAGAACUCAUCAACACAGUCAGGCAGUGCACCAACAAGCUCAACUCCUACCCAAGACUAAGAGAGGAGACUGAGAGGAUUGUUACCACCCAUGUAAGAGAAAGAGAAGGGAAGACCAAGGAUCAGGUUCUGCUGCUUAUUGACAUAGAGCUGUCCUACAUAAACACCAACCAUGAGGACUUCAUAGGCUUUGCAAAUGCUCAGCAGAGGAACAUUGCUACGAACAAGAAGAGAGCAGUACCCAACCAGGGUGAGAUUCUGGUAAUCAGGAAAGGCUGGCUAACCCUCCACAUCAGCAUCAUGAAGGGAGGCUCCAAGGAAUACUGGUUCGUGCUGACAGCCGAGUCUCUGUCCUGGUACAAAGACGAGGAGGAAAAAGAGAAGAAGUACAUGUUGCCUUUAGACAACCUGAAGAUCAGAGAUGUGGAGAAAGGCUUUAUGUCCACAAAGCACAUAUUUGCCAUCUUUAACACUGAGCAGAGGAACGUCUACAAAGAUCUACGACAGAUAGAGCUGGCCUGUGAUUCUCAAGAAGAUGUAGACAGCUGGAAAGCUUCCUUCCUCAGGGCAGGAGUUUAUCCUGAGAAAGACCAGGUGGAGAACGAAGAGGCUGCACCUGCAGACACAUUCUCAAUGGAUCCCCAGUUGGAGCGGCAGGUAGAGACCAUUCGUAACCUGGUGGACUCGUACAUCGGCAUCAUCAACAAGUCCAUCAGAGAUCUUGUGCCCAAAACCAUCAUGCAUCUCAUGAUCAACAACGCUAAAGAUUUUAUCCACUCGGAGCUGCUGGCUUAUCUUUACUCCUCCGGGGACCAGAACAGCCUCAUGGAGGAGUCUGCUGACCAGGCCCAGCGCAGGGACGAAAUGCUGCGCAUGUAUCAUGCGCUGAAAGAAGCACUGCACAUCAUAGGCGACAUCACCACCAACACCAUCUCCACACCAGUUCCUCCACCUGUAAAUGAUAAUUGGCUCCAGGAUUCCAGCCCAACACCUCAGCGAAGACCGACCCCUGCAGCGUCCCAGCCCCCCAGCCGUCCACCUGCUGUCCGGGGCCCAACUCCAGGACCUCCACCAACUAUGAACCCUUCCCCUGCCUUUAGCACCUCCCCAGCAUUUGGUGCCCCCCCCAUCCCCUCUCGCCCAGCUCCACCCGCUAAUGCUUUCAACAGCAGUCAGGAUCCGUUCAGCGCUCCACCACAGAUCCCCUCCCGGCCAGCCCGUAUCCCACCCGGCGUACCCAGGCGCCCUCCUCCGGCUCCCCGUGGAAAACAGUGGUGACUUCAAACCAGCAGACGGGAUGCUUGAACAGAUGCUUUGGUAAUGGAGACACAGAGGAGCUGCACCUUUUUUAUGCUUUUCUUCCAGAACACAAAUCUGCAUCACAAGGUGCAGACAAUGUUUUAAAACACCCAAAGACGACUUUAAGCCUUUAUUUUUGUGGUAACCAUGAAAACGAAAUGAAUAUUGAACACAUCUAGAACUGAAUGCUUAAAUUGUUGAAGACCUGUUCAUUAAACCUUUUAUCUGACAGUGAUAAAACAAAGGCUACACAUUUAACAUUUUUCUAAAAGAGUUGAUGAUCAAGAAAACUUUCCAAGAGAAAGGCUGUUACAUUUACAGAAAAUUAGCAGAAUUUAAGUGUUGUUACUAAAUACUAAAACAUAAAACAGGGCUUGUAUUUACAUAAAGUAGCUUUUAUCUUUGUGACCACUCAAGAUCCUCUAAUGUGUGUAAUCAGGGUUUUUUUUUUUUUGUUGCU